AUGUUGCAAAUUGGUGUCAUUGAGAUUGUCGGAACUAACGACCCGACUCCUUUCGUGCAGCAGAUGAACAUGAUGGGCAUGCUAGCUGAAGAGGACUUUUCGAUCGAACUGGCGAAUCACGACCGACGUUCUCUCUCCAUGUCCGCACCAGAUGAUACGUAUUUCGGCCAACAAUGGGCUCUCGAUGACAUGCGGGUCCAUCAAAUAUUGAAUGACCGCCUGUCCGAUAACAACACCAGUUGUGAUCAGGAUGAUCACCCGAUGAUUCCUGUUGCUCUCAUCGACUCCGGUGUCGAUUAUGGUCAUCCUGACGUCGCGGAUGCAAUAUAUGAGAACGAAGCUGAGGACGGUAUGAUGGCACAGUAUCUGGUCGACGACGAUUCGAAUGGAUUCAUCGAUGAUGUCCGUGGUUGGAACUUCAUUGACGAAAAUGCUAAUGUAAUGGACAACAAUGGACAUGGCACAGCGUGUGCUGGUCUGAUCGCAGCAGAAGGUUUCAACGGCGAGGGGAUCAUCGGUGUUGGCUACCCCUUCGCCCGAGUGUUGCCCCUGAAGGUAUUUGAUUAUGAUGUCACUGGUCGGCUGAGCGAUGCGCUGCGAGCAUUUGACUACGCUAUCGACAAGGGUGUGAAAAUAAGCAGUGUAUCCUGGUUUGCAAGAUCUUAUUCGGCCGUCUUCCAUAUCGCGGUUGGGCGUGCUGGAACAUUUGGUCAUCUACUCGUGGCUGCUGCCGGCAACGAUGGCCAGGACUUGGAUGUUAUGGGUGGGAGUUAUCCAUGUGGUUUCAAUGCUACUAAUGUUCUCUGUACGGCUGCGCAUACUGCCAGUGGGGACCGAUGGAUUUCGUCUAACUACGGGCCAAUUGUAGUCGACGUAUCUGCUCCUGGUGUCAACGUCAUCUCAACUGCCACCCCGAAUGGUUAUGCUACAUUCAAUGGUACCAGCUUAGCCGCUGCUGAAGUAGCUGGACUCGCUGCCUUAUUAAUUGGAGCACGGUCGCCAUUCCCUCUGGCAUUUGACGAAGUGAUCGCCGCAAUCAUCAGUACUGCUAGCGUAUCAGGAUGGACUGCCUAUGGACGUGUCGAUGCAUAUGCCGCUUUGCAAGCGGUCGUUGGCAAUGCUAACUGGCUUAACGGGGCCCUCACUGUCUGGAAGGACGAUGAAUGCGUCGAAUAUGUCCGACUCUCUCCAUUUUCGAGCGUCGAGAUGCAGCUUUGCGUAUUCACGCCUCCUAUGAUAGGCUACAGAGAGUAUGAUUUGGGAGGCGUUAUUGGUGAAGGCGCUGUCCACCUGGACAUCCGCCUUCGAGCUGUUCCCCCACCUGGUGCCUGCCAAGUAUCAGUUCCGAUGAUAGACUUUGGAGUUUUGAUGGCUGGCAGCACAGGUAUUGCCAGCUAUACUAUUACUAAUACUUUUGGCUCUGACCUCGUUGUCGACCCAAGUAGAAUACUCCCAACGACUCCAGAAGUCCAAGUUAUCCUCCCAGCUGGUCCGGUCGUUGUUGCUGAGGGCCAGUCGGUCAUUGUCGAGCUCUCGUUGGCCGUAUUUCACCCAGGGCCCGUCAAUCUUGUGGUUGACAGCUUGAGUGAGAAUUGCCCGCCCAUACCUCUGACGGCCUCUGUCCAGUCAUCAACUAUCCGUGUGUCCAACGGCUCGGCCACGAAUUCUACAGAGUAUAUCCCUGUUGGUUUGCGGAUGGUUCCCUCUACGGCUACAAUUGAGAAUCCCUCAACGUACGAGCUGAAGACGCAAGUGGUCGCUAGCGAUGCCGAAUAUCUGGUUGAAGGUCCAUUCUCUGCGGUAUCUUUUCCUAUCUGGCCUACUGGUGGAGGCUGGGUCCCGGAAAUCUCUAUUGUUGGUCAACAUAUACUAUCGGGUUGUAUCGGAGGUGAAGUGCAUAUGAUCUCUCUUGGCCAGUACUUCCCCUUUUUCGGCGUUGACGUCGACUCGGUCAAUGUUGGUUGCAAUGGUUUCAUCGAGUUGCCGCCAUUGUCACCAUCGCCAGUCACGGCCCUCCCUCGUAUCCCUUCGCCAGCUGAGCCGAAACAUGCUAUUGCCGCUUACUGGACUGAAGCUAAUUCAACUAGAUGCUCCGUUAGCUCUUGCAAUAUCUCGUACGUGUUGGACUACAAGACACGUCUGUUGGUGGUCGAAUGGGAUGGUUUGGAGGUUCGAGUGAACAACAGUUGGCACACGUUGAGUAUGCAGGUCCACUUGUUCUCGGAAGGACGUAUCGAUCUACUCUACGCCUCUUUGCCUGACCCAGCUUAUCGUGAGGAUGUUGCAGCUGGCUUGAAGGGAAGUGACGCUAACGACUGUCCCAACUUGAUGCAUCUCUUGGCUACCUCCGGACCUCUUACAUUGAUCUUUAUCCCAAAGGUUAAAUCCCAACAAGUGAUCGUUCCGCCACUUUCCUCCAUGUCUGUCAACUUCUCUCUGGCUGUGCCAUACAUGGGUGUACCCGAUGAUGAUCUUGACGCAUGGUGUGAAGAUGAUAUCAACUGGUUGGACGGUGCUGGGAGACACUGCGCUGAUUACGUUGCUGAGGCUCUGUGCACCCCGGCUGGUCUCUACGGUAUUGGUUGGAAUGCUCUAUGGGGUGACUUUAUGACUGUUGCUACAACUACGCCAGCGAAUGUCAGUUGUUGCGGUUGUGGUGGAGGAACUUGGUACCGAGACGAUAGCCCUGGCGCUGACUGGCAGGACAUCGUCAAGCUGGAAUUGAAGUAUAGCAACAGCUCUCAGGGCAAGUUUGAUCGAACGGUCAAAGGUAGUCAGUCGCUUGAUCUCAUACUGACCGGUAUUGAGCCUGUGGUUUCAACUGCUGGUGGUAACAGGAUACUCCGUGUCGUUGCUCUUGACUCUAGCGGCGUCAUCAACAACAAGGAGACCGGGUUGAUUGUCACUGUCGAGGAACCUGCCACUUGCGAUUCGAAACAUGCUUGA